GAAAUAUUGUUAAUGUAUAAGGAUGAUUGUAGCACUUCAUAUGUCUUAUACUGUACUCUGCCUGUGCUGAAUAUCCACUCAAACACUGGUCUCCUCAAUAUUGUAGUGCCUGACCUCGGACCUCUAAACAGUGUGUGGGCGCCGUUUGUGUUCUGCACAAUAUACUGUAGGAAAAUGUAAUAUUCUUAAGAGCCUCUCCUCUGAAAACAAUUGAUGUGGUGCAUAUACUGUGUUUGAUCUCCAAGCAUUUUCUCCAGCCAGACAUCCCGUGGGCAGAUGUAAGACCGCUUUAAGCUGUGAGUCAGUAUCACAGUCUAGCAGAGGCCUCUCCAGACAGCUGAAGUCAGAAGACCUGAAGUAACUGUUUCUUUGUAUUAUGAAUAUUGUGAAAUGAGUAGCAACUUUUGUGGGAAUAUUAUUUUUGAAUAGUGAGUGUGUGGCACAGAUAUAAUAAACCUGUUUUUCAAAGUAACACAAUAAGUCCCGUACUACCUUUAAUAGUGCAUAAUGCAUUGUCAUUAUCGGGCCAUUUAGAUAUAAUAAACAUUUUGUAUUUGGUUGAAAUGGACAUAAUGCAUUAUUGUACUUGUCAACACGGUACCUUCAAAUUAAACAUUAAGAGACAAAACAUUUAAUAUGCAGCAAUGUCGAAGAUAAAACUGCCCAGCACAAUAAAAUGUCUUGACCACCUACAAAUAAAAUUCCCCUGAAUUUAUCAAUAUUUAUAAUAAAAUAUAAUACCGAGGUGAAUCAUUGUGGAGUAUGAGCAAUUACAACAACAAAAAACAUGAACUUCGAACAUGCGACUCAAUUAGUGUCACGUGACGGAUAACACCUGUGAGAUAACGCGGACCUUGGCGCUGAAGGGGGAAGUUCUAGAGAAACGGUCGAAAGGUUGAAGCGACGACAGUGAACUCCAUUUGAACAAAGCGUCUUUCCGCUUUCUCGUCACAAGUCAAAGAUAUUUGGGCAUUUUUUUGCACCACCUUGUGAGUGAACGUCUCCCUCUCCCGAGAUGACGUCAUUACUCCGCACUCUUCGGCACCACGCGGACGAGGUCAGCUGUUGUGCCUUCUCUCCAUCCCUCCUGGCGACCUGUUCCGGGGACAAAACCCUCCGCGUUUACAAUUCAGAGGACUUCUCGGAGCUCCCCUUUUCUCCGCUGUCGGGCCACGGUUACGGGGUUCACUGCUGCUGCUUCAGCUCCUGCGGCCGCUACCUACUCAGCUGCUCCACGGACGGCUCCGCCAUCGUGUGGCACGCGGGCACGGGCGAGGUGGCCGCGGUGCUGCUGCACCCGGCCCGCAGUCCGCUCCGCGCAUGCGCGGUAGCGCCGGACUCCUCCCUGGUGCUGGCAGGGGCCUGCGAUGGCACCGUGGCCCUCUGGGACUUCCCCUCCAAGGCGUUACGCAGGUGCAGCGCAGUGAGUGAGGCCAGCGUCGUAGCAUGCUGCUUCUCUCCCUGUGGCCAGAUGUUUGUGACCGGCUGCACCCGCGGAGACCUCAAGCUGUGGGACACGGACGUCACCCUCCUGCGUGUUGAGAAGGACGCCCACGACCUGGGAGUCGCCUGCUGCAGCUUCGCACCACAGUUCAAAGUCGCAGAAGGCUGUGUGGAGUUUCGACUGGCCUCUUGUGGACAGGACAGCCGGCUGAAGACACGCCUUGUUUCCCGGCGUGACGGGGCAGACUGGGACAUGAAGUUGCUGCACACGUUUACCAGCCAGGUGUCUCCUGUUCUGUCCUGUGCCUUCUCUUCUGACGGAGAGCUGCUCGUUUCAGGUUCGGUGGAUAAAAGUGUUGCAAUAUAUGAUGCGAACCUGGGAGCCCUGCUGCACACUUUGAAACAGCAUGACGGGUACGUGACUGCUGUGGCCGUGUCUCCCACCACGCGGCGGAUUGCAACAGGCUCCAUGGACCGAACCGUCAACGUGUGGAGAAUAGGAGAUGAAGUCAGCGCAACAGCAGCUGAAUCAAAGCCGACCGUCUGCAAAGGAAGGAAGCUGCCGGGUCUCUCCAGGCUGCUGGUUGCUGAUUGGUCCGAGGAGGAUGUGCUCACCUGGCUGUGUGAGGAAGGACUGCAGGAACUCGCCGGCAUCUUUGAAGCCAACGACAUGGACGGAGCAGCGCUCAGCCAGCUGAGCAGGGAGGCUGCAGCAGAGCUGGGAAUCGAGUCCGUGGGCCUCCGCUGUCGUCUGCUGAGGAAACUCGAGGCCUUGAAGGCGGAGCAGAGCGGUCCCGAUGGCCCCGACGAGUUUCUGUGUCCCAUUACCAGAGAGCUGAUGAAGGAUCCCGUCAUUGCUGCAGACGGGUUUUCCUACGAGCGAGAAGCCAUCGAGAGCUGGAUUAGGGGCAAAAACCAAACCAGCCCCAUGACUAACCUGCUGCUGCAGACCACGCUGCUGACCCCCAACCGAUCUCUGAGGAUGGCAAUAACACGAUGGACGUCGAGCCGGUAGACCGCAGCUCACAGGAACUACGUAAUUCUUCUGGAGCUGUUUCUUAUCGUGAUGUCAUUAUAAUAAAGAUUUGACAAAUGAAUCAGAAUCCAAAAUGUCAGGUAAGUAAAAACAUAUUUACUCUGGCAUAUCUGCUAACUUUAAGGUAUUAUUUGAAUGUAUAUUUGAUGACAAAAAGUAAUACUAUUUGGCUGAAUUAGAAAUGUCUCUCUUGAGUACUAAUGUUUGCUCCUAAUGAUCUAUAUGAAUAGACCAAGCAGCUAAUGACUCCUAGUGCUGAUAUUACCUCAUGUUUAAGCAUCGUCUAGUACCCUGUAAUAAAUGGCCACUUCUGCUGUAUAUUUUGCAUAGUAAAUCCAACCUAAAGAUGCCUCACUGUCCUGUAAUACACAUGGGUCGCUGCUGAGCACAUCCUUGUUGAUCCUUUUGCAGCUCAUAGAACUCAAAGAC